UUUCGACCUCGACUACAUCAUGGAGGUCAACUGCACAAGAGGCAGUAGGCAUCAGAGUAGGGUAGAGACACCGUACUCCUCCGUCACCUUUCACGAACAGCUCGUCAAUUAAAGCCGCAGCGCAAGCAGCAACAUGCGUCUCCUCCACCUCCCUGCCCUCUUCGCCCUUCUCUCAUUCUCCUCCGCCCUCCCCACAACUGCCUCCUCCAAACCUCUCCCCCUCCUCAUCUGGCACGGCCUAGGCGACCGCUACGACGCAGAAGGCCUGCACUCCACCGGCGAGCUCGCGCAAAAAGUCCACCCAGGCCUCUACGUGUACUACAUCCGCACAGACGAGGACGGCAGCGCCGACCGCACCAACAGCUUCUUCGGCAACGUGACGCAGCAAAUCGCGCAAGUGUGCGCCGCCAUCCACGCCGACCCCUUCCUUGCUCCGCCCGAAGAUCGCAAACACGAGGACAUCCGCGUCGAUGCGCUUGGCUUCAGCCAAGGCGGGCAGUUCCUGCGGGGCCUCGUGGAGCGCUGCGAGGGCUUGAGCGUGCGCAGUCUUGUUACGUUUGGCAGUCAGCACAAUGGCAUUGCGCAAUUUCAGAAGUGCGGGGAUUUAGACUUCGUGUGUAAGGGUGCGUCGGCGCUGGUGAAGAAUAAUGCGUGGACGGAGUACGUACAGAACAAAGUGGUGCCGGCGCAGUACUAUCGGCCGCUGAAUGAGAGCACCGGUGGGCCGACGGACGGGUACUUGGAGCACAGCAAUUUCCUGGCGGAUGUGAAUAACGAGCGGGCGGAGAAGAAUGCGACGUACAAGGAGCGCAUUGCGGCGAUGGAGAAGUUUGUCAUGUUCGUUUUUGACGAGGAUGAGACGGUGGUUCCCAAGGAGACGGGGUGGUUUGCGGAGGUGAAUGCUACGAGUGGAGAGGUGACGGAUCUGAGGAACCGGGCGAUUUACAAGGAGGAUUGGCUGGGGUUGAAGCAGUUGGAUAAGAAGGGUGGGUUGGAGUUUAGGGCGACGAAGGGGCCACAUAUGCGCUUGACGGACGUGGUGUUGAAGAAGACCUUCAAGGAGUUCUUUGGACCGGAGCGGAAGACAAAGAAUGCGGCGGUUGCUCUUGCUGAUAAGGCUUGGAGGUAUUUCGCGCACCAGGAUGUGUUGUAGCAGUACAAUGAACGAAAAUGGUUUAGAGG